AUGCUAGUGGUCCUGUUCACAAUCUUCCUGCUGGGCUUGAGCUUUGCUCAGGAACCAGAACUUCAGAAUCUAAACCAGAUCCCCAAUCAGAGGCCACCACCUUCAGGAUUCCGACCAAGACCACCUGCUAAUGGGAACCAGCAAGGCCCACCCCCACAAGGAGGCCCACAGCAGAGACCUCCUCAAGGCCCACCCCCACCAGGAGGACCACAGCAGAGACCUCAAGGCCCACCCCCACCUGCAGGACCACAGCAGAGACCUCCUCAAGGCCCACCCCCACAGGGAGGCCCACAGCAGGGACCCCCUCAAGGCCCACCCCCACAAGGAGGCCCACAGCAGAGAGCCCCUCAAGGCCCACCCCCACAAGGAGGCCCAGAGCAGAGAGCCCCUCAAGGCCCACCCCCACAAGGAGGCCCACAGCAGAAACCUCCUCAAGGCCCACCCCCACCAGGAGGACCACAGCAGAAACCCCCUCAAGGUCCACCCCCACAAGGAGGCCCACAGCAGAAACCCCCUCAAGGUCCACCCCCACAAGGAGGCCCACAGCAGAAACCUCCUCAAGGCCCACCCCCACCAGGAGGACCACAGCAGAGACCUCCUCAAGGCCCACCCCCACAAGGCGGCCCUCAGCAAAGACCUCCUCAGCCUGGAAACUCACAAGGCCCUCAACAAGGUCCUCAAUUCGGCAGACCCCAGGGACCUCAGUAA